AUGCCCUCCCCUCCACGCGAGAAAGGACGGGUGUCGAGACCUCGAGGAUCCGAGGAAGAAUUCGUGCUGUUUCUCCAGGGGAUUCCAGCCCGCUGCCGCUGGCAAGAACUCAAAGACUUGGUCCGCCAGACGGCCUUACACAUUCGCCAAGCGGUCGUGUACGAUGACCACCAUGGGUUCCCAACGGGCCUGGGCCAGAUUAUUGUGAAGAACGAAGACGAGGCCUGGCGCACAUACCACAGACUAUCCACAAACGGUUGGGAGGGACAGAGUCUAGUUGUUACCCUAGCCAGAACCAGCUCCCCUACGAGACCCAUCGCGGGUCCUACGAAGAGCCCAUCUUGUGUUCUUCCACCGAACUAUGUGGCUGGGUAUUCAACGCCCCCGAGAGUUACCCAAAACCUGGCCGUACCGGCCUCCCCUAUUUCCCCAGAGUAG